GAUCCUCAACACAGACCUCGCAAUUUGCUUCAGCUAUCAGCUUCAACACAACCCACCACACUCACAACCCCCACCCAACUCAAUCUCUCAAGAUGUCUUCUGGCGGAAAGUCUGGCGGCAAGACCGGCUCUGACUCCAAGUCUCAAUCCCGCUCGGCCAAGGCCGGCCUUCAGUUCCCUGUCGGUCGUAUCCACCGUCUCUUGCGUAAGGGCAACUACGCUCAGCGUGUUGGUGCUGGUGCCCCAGUCUACCUCGCUGCCGUCCUCGAGUACCUGGCAGCUGAGAUUCUCGAGCUCGCUGGUAACGCCGCUCGUGACAACAAGAAGUCUCGUAUCAUUCCUCGUCACCUUCAGCUCGCCAUCCGCAACGAUGAAGAGCUCAACAAGCUUCUCGGAGGCGUGACCCUCUCGCAAGGUGGUGUCCUUCCUCACAUCGCUGCCGAGCUCCUGCCUUCCAAGACCAAGAAGGGUGGCAAGGCUGCUGCCAGCCAAGACUAAGCUGCUCGUAUCGAGAGCUUCUAAUCAAGCUUAUCACAGCUUGCACUCCCAAGUCGUCAUUGCAGCAACAAGUCGUGCUUGAUUCACAUACAUUGCACGCAACUACAUCCAGGCAUCAGGCCUUUCACCCUUUGACCUUCGUCAAAGCUUUACGCACCAACCACCAUGUGCUUCUAUUCUUUAGCUACCCAGCCUCGCUGAUCUUCCCACUCGUGUACAACAUCCAAGGCAUAUUUGGUUCUACCGCGACUCGGUGCUUGAAGAGUGACAAGUGUGAUGCUG